AUGCUUGUUAAAGUGGUUAAUGUUUUCUGGGAGUAUCAGAGUGAUGUACUUUUGAGGGUUUCAAGGCAACUUGGACAAGGGAGAUUGUUUAUUGUUUAUACAGUUCUUGGGAGAAGGAGGCGCAAAGCUGUAACACCACCAGCCGUGGGUACUACUGAGGUACCUCCGGGUGGUGUGCUGAAGAAAAAACCUAAAGCGGAGUGGAGUUGUGCAUUCUGUCAGAGAAUACUGGCAAGCCAACCAAACUUAUUGAAAUUGCUGGUUAGCGAAAUGGAGGAGGCAUCAUUGCCGAAGAUUUUGGCUACAGAAAAUGAAAAUGAUGCUCAAAUGUUGCCUGUAAUUCAGGACUUGGGUGAUCCAAAGAAGAAUGGGGAAGGAGCUCAAAUAAUGCAGAAGACUUGGGAUUAUAAGAAGAAGAGAUAUAGGUUUCUGUGCGAGAUGUGUCAGAUAGGGGCCCACUCUGAGAAAUUGAUAGAGACACAUAAGAAGGGCAAGAAGCAUGUGACCCGGCUUAAAGAAGUUAAUAAACAUGGUCAAGUUGAUUCAACCAUUCAUAUGGUGGAGGUCACUCAGAAAGAGAAUGAUGCAGAGGAGGCUGCUAGUAAUGGAGAUAAGGAAGUAACUGAAACUGUUUAUGCAGCAGUAGAAUGUAGCAGUGGACAAUUUUCAAAGAUGCUGGCAGCAGCAGAAGAUGGUAUUGAUCUAUUCCCAAAGAAAACUGGCAAGCCCACUACACUUGUAAAAAUUACUGAUAAUCCAAGUUCAGAACAGGGGUUCAAAGUUGAAGGGGAAGGGCCGCAGGAUACCAAAAUGGAGGAUGCAUCAUUGCAGAAGACAUUGGUUGCGGAAAAGAAAAAUGAUGCAUCACUGUUGUCUGUAGAUCAGGACACAGAUGAUCCAAAGAAGAAAAAUUGGGAGGGAGUGCAGAUAAUGCAGAAGACUUGGAAUGCAAGGAAAAAGAGAUAUAGGUUUUUGUGUGAGUUAUGCCAAAUCGGGGCUCACUCUGAGAAGGUGAUAGAGACCCAUAAGAAGGGAAAGAAGCAUGUGGCCCAGCUUCAGAAACUUUAUAAAAUUGGUGGAGCCAAUUCAACUAUUCAGAUGGUGGAGAGCACUCAGAAAGAGAAUGAUACGGAGGGGGCUGCUAAUGAUGGAGAUAAGGAAGGUGUGACAGGGGACAAUGAACAGGCAUCAGCAGAAGUUGAUAUUAGUCGAUCCCCAAAGAAUACUGGCGAGCACUCCAAAUUUUUCGAAGGUACUGGUAAUCUAAGUUCAGAACGGGGAGUCAAAAUCAAAAGGAAAACACCACAGUUUACGAAAAUGGAGGCAGCAUCAUUGCAAAAGACUUUCUUCGCGGGAAAGAAAAAUGAUGCACGAAUAUUGCCUGUAAGUCAGGACACAGAUAAUCCAAAGAAGAAAAAUGGGGAGAGAUUUCAGAUAAUGCAGAAGACGACUUGGGAUUAUAAGAAGACAAUGUUUAGAUGUUUGUGUGAGAUGUGCCAGAUAGGGUCCCACUCUGAGAAUGUGAUGGAGACACAUAUGAAGGGAAAGAAGCAUGUGGCUCGGCUUAAGAGAUUUUAUGAAAAUAGUGAAGCAUAUUCAACCCUUCAGAUGGUGGAGGCCCCUCAGAAAGAAAAUGAUUCGAAGGAGGCGUCUCACGAUGUAGACAAGGAAAUAUCAAAAACUGUUUAUGAAGCUGCAGGAUGUAACAGGUGA